AUGUUUCCAAGUAGAAAAGAUAUAUGCUGUGUAAAGACUAAGUCCUCAGAUGGUGAAACUACCAGUAAAGCACCCCAGCCUGAGGAGAAAACCAAGAAGAAGAAACAGAAGACUUGGUGGAGCUUCAGAAGAAAAAAUCGAGUUUCUCCGAUUUGUGACGAUGACUUUCAGGAAGCUGUCAGAAGAAUAGCUAAAGCUCAAGAGGUGAUACAAAACCACCACAGCUACAUCCAAGGACUACAUGGGGGGAUGAACAGCCACAAAAAAGAAAAGGCUGCCUCUGAUGGGAAAAUAAAAGAAUCAAGAAAUGCAGGAGACAAAAGGGUUAGAUUCACCACAGAGAUGGUCAGAAGUCUUGAGAAACCAGAAAACAACAGAGAGAAGUUCAACGUCCACCCCACUGAUGGAGCAACCAGCAUCAUGUCCCAGCAGGUCCUGCAUCCUGGCUUCCCGAACCCAGCCCGGAGCUGCUACAUGAACUCCAGCCUCCAGACUCUGCUGACACUCAAAGAGUUUGUGGAAGACGUCCGCUCCCAGGAGGACUUGUUUGGACAGUGUCAUGAGGCUGAGCUGAUGAAAUGUUUCAUGAACAUUGUUAGAUGUCACAACUCAGACAAUGCCCUCCUAAAGCUUCACAUCCUCAAUAAGUUUAAGGGGGUCAUUUCUGCGAAGGCGCCAGAAUUUGAGGAUGCUGGAAACAAAGAUGCCCAUGAGUUCCUGACAGCCGUCCUAGACCAGAUGGACAGCCUGGCUUUAGCUCUGCAUCAGACGGCAGCCAUUGUGGGGGGAAACUACACCUGCCCCAUAGCAAGAAACUUUGCAUUCGAAAUGCAGAACACCAGGACAUGUAAAAGAUGUGGUGACCAGUCCAUCACACAGGAGAACUUCACCAGUCUCUCUCUGGACCUGAUUUCUGAACUUUCAGUGCAGCAGCUGCUCCAGAUGUACCAAAUGGAGACACAGCUGGAGUACAUGUGCGACUGUGGUGGAACGACAUCAGGACGAGAGACCACAUUUCUGACCCUCCCAAAAUACCUCAUAUUACAUCUGAAGAGGUUUAAGUUCACUGAGGACCUGCAGAUGAUGAAGCUGCAUGACCCCAUCAUCCUCCUCAAGGAGCUGAUGAUGACCUCCCACCAGGAUGAAGGUUGGUACAGCCUGGUUAGUGUCAUCAGCCAUCUGGGAUCAUCAUACGAUGAUGGACACUACGUGAGUGACGGGUUGCACCCGUACGAGGACCAGGACAACAACGCUGAAUAA